AUGACAACAUCCUACGCAUCUUUCAACACCUGGUAUGCAGCAAACGAAUCAGCGAUCUCAUCCGCAGCUACAGCGAUUUCUUCGCUUUCGCUGGAUACAAAAUCGAUUGAUAGCGCAUUAAAUUCGUUUGCUGAGACCUCUGAAGUGGUGAUGAAGGGUUUGGAUGCGCUCGGUCAAUUGCAUCCGUUCGUGGGCGUGGCCGUCCUCGCCUUCAAACUUGUUAUUACGCUCGAUAUGGCGCGCCGAGGCAACAACAAAAAAGUCCUCGCUGUGAAGCUUCAAAUGCAGGACACAAUGACCGUACUAUUUCAACUUCGUCAUAUCAAGGAUCCUAAAGAAGUUGGGCCCGACGGCACCACGAUCGAAGAUCGCAUGGGUUCCUUGAUGGAAGCAAUCGCAAAGGACAUCCGAGAAACUGGCUCCGCUUGCGACCAUUACCUGAAGAAAGGGUUUUUGGCCAAGACAAUCAAAGCCAAGAUUUAUGAAACUCGUCUCGCAAGUUACGCCGCAAAAUUCACGCAAUACCGGGAGGACAUCGAUUUCGCUCUUCAGAUUCAUACAGCACUCGGUGUUGAAUCCGCCAACGCUAAGCUGGAUGGUCAGGACAAGACACUGAAGUCCAUGGAUCGCAAGCUCGACCAGACCAUGGAAGUAAUGAUGUCGGUGUUUAGGAAGUUGGACACCUCGAGGGAACGGGACGUUCAAACGUUUAUCAAAGAGAAGGGAGGAGUCAAGGCGUGCAUAGAUAAUGAGCAAUUGUUGCAUGAACUUAUCGACAAAAGCGGGGAGGGGAUAGCGGGUGUACUUGGGCAUCAGUCGGGGACGGGGCAAACAUGGACUGGGGUCAAGGACAAAGUCCAGAAAGAGAUGCGGAAAGAAUUGGCCGAGGAUGUCGAGCAAGCUUUAGAAAGGAAUAUCGCCCACUUUGAGAAGAAGCUGGAGAUUCAGAACCGACAACUGACGUCGAUCUUCAAAGAUUCAUUGAAGGACACCGAGUCUCAUAUCCUUACCGCCAUGGCAUCUGGUGCUCAUGACCGAAUUAUCAAUGAAGAUUUGAAGGAGCUUUGGAAAGAUAUGGCCUGGAGGGGUAGUGUCAAGGCUAAGCACCUCAUUCUUGCCCUUCAUGACUAUUUGAUCGACAAACUCGGCGCUCUGAGUGCCUCGCCUAUGAUGUCGCCCGGUGCUUCUGAACUUGGAAGUCCCAUCAUCUCACCGACGAGUGCUGUUACCAACGAUUUUUUCUCUCUCAAAUGCAAGAAUGAUCGCUGGGCUCUGGCGUACUUCAAUGUGGCCCACGUUCAGCCUAUCCUCGAAGCCGUAGAUGAUGACGCAACAGGUUUUAUCACCACCAAAGAGAUCAAUACCUUCACAAAGUCUAUGCCACCGGGUUGGACACUUCCCCAAUGGAUCGCGUACUGGGCUGAAGGCUGGCAUGUCAGUUUGAAUCAAUACAAAAAGAAGAUCCGCAUGAUUCUCUCUACAAUGUACAGCACAUUUCCCCAUGUGUUACCAGCCAACCGUGAGGCAGUGGUCCUGUAUCUUCAGCACGAUGCUAUCUACCAGGUCGAUAAACUCCUUCAAUCUACUCGAGACCUACCUCCAAACGCUUCAGAAAGUAGUGAAUUGCGAAGACUCACUGAAGCGUACACUCAGAGUGAGGAAGCGCGUCUGAUGCGUAACCUUGAAGAUGUCCUAUAUGACAUUGAUGCAAAAUCCACUGUGGCCCUGAUAACCGGACCUGGGCGUAUCGAACGUUACAUUUAUCCCAUGCUCUACCUUCUUCUCAGGCAUCAGCUAAGAGUGGUCCGUUUAUCUACCAGAUUAGUUCUGGACCCGUAUGAAAUGUCGAACAUGUCCUCAUCCUUGUGGAACUUGUUCUCGGUAGUCGAUCAGCGAAUGCACAACCUGGCGUCAAUCUUCAAGCAGAGUAAUGUCGAUGUCAUUGAAAAGCUCGAGAACUUUGCUUUUGGCAUGGUAAGACAUUCUCCUUCUUGUACAUCUGAAGUUCUUAUAUGUCUCGUACAGUUCAAGCUCUCCUACAAAAAUCCCGAAAAGCGACCAUCCGAUAACUAUAUCUCUGACUAUAUCAAUGAAGAUCCUACCAUUGAUGAUGAGGGCACCGAACCUCUUAUGGACAUCCCUCUCAGCAUUCUACGAUAUCCUCUUCCCGAUACUUCUGGAUCCGAUAUGUACCACCUUCCCUCUGACUUCACUGAAGACCCCCCCGAAGACCUAAUACAAGGACAGUGGACUGGUCACCUUUACUAUGAACGUAAAUCGGAUCUAUGUCUGGUACAGCUCGUCAUCGAUUCCGUGAUAGAUGGCACUUUAACCGGGAAAGCGGCGACAUGGAAGUGGACUAUGAAUAUUUCAGGCGACAUUAAGGAGGACAACAAGGUUUUGACUCUCCAGAACGACGAAAUCGAUGCGGCUGAAGAAAGCCAAAGCGGCGCGGCUUACCCCGAGUCUAAUGAAGCUGACGUUGACGAUAGUGCUUCACAAGCGUCCGAUAGUUCAGGAUCUACCGAUCCAGAGUCAGAGAAUUACUAUUACAAGUUUAUUUUCCGUCGAGUCCCUGCUUCCUUGUGCAGAUUCCUUCCCGGUGAUCCGCGAGAUCUCCCAGUGGCUGACGAGGACGCAGGAAAUCGCGCUCGGGGACGAUGGAGGUUUGCCUGCGCCUCUGUGCUGGACCGAUUGAGGAGGAAGUCCUUUUCUUGGAAGUUCCUGAAGGACAGGUUCAGUGAAAGACGUCGCUUCUUGGAAUUGGCCGUCAGAGAUCGAUGUAUGGACGAGAAUUAUUGCCCGCGUAACCCCUUGUCAGAGGAGGAACAACAGGAGUUGUAUCUUUUGAAAUGCACUGUCUGUCCAAUGGAUAGUCGGUAUUACUACUCCUUUCCUUUGCUUUUCCCCAAUACUGAUGAUUCCUGUUAUACCAGUUAUUAUGGUUGCGACUCAUGCAAUGGUCUGAUUUUGGGGAGUAGGCUGGCAUGCCUCACCUGCAUGAACGAUUCGUUUACAGACACGAUUGAUCUAUGCACGAAUUGCAUCGACACAAGUUGCGAACGUGGUGGAUUCAUGCAUGAUCCGUCCCAUGUCCUGCUGAAGUUCGAUAGUGUCGUCUUGGAUGGUCGUCUGCGGUGGAUGAUUCCUGAAGCCCGUUCUAUGGUAGUCCGCAUCAAAAAGGAGUUCCGAUCUUCUCUCAAGAACCGUAUCGAGCCUAUGGAGAAGAGUGGCUCGUCCCAUAGCAGUCAGUCGAAGAAAGAAGCUUCGACCGCAGCCUCACCCCCAAAAUGUCGGUGCUGUGGGAAAGUUAUAUCGUUACCUUGUUGGGUAUGCUUGAUCUGCACCAUCGAUGCGUAUGUUUGCGACGAAUGCGAUGCCGAGAAGAAGGAACCAAUGCCAGGUGAUCCUCACGAGCUCGGGGAGCCCCUUCUACGAAUCGCCGAUUGCAAUCCGCCGGCGGAGGUCGUCGCGACCGAGGUGAAGCUUGCAGCUCUCGAGAAGAAGUUCGACAAAGUUGAUCAGCGGCUUGCGGCACUUGAAGACAGAGUCGAGAACCGAUUAUCUGCGAUGGAAACGAUACUGAAAGAAUAUUUCAGCAGUUCAACCAACAGAAAUAUCUAA